GUGUGGAGAUCGCUCGUAUCGUGGCGUACGUGCAGCACCAUCGGCUGGUUAGCCGAUGAACGAGUCGUUAGGUGGAGGUGGUUGUGCUGUGAGAUGACUAUAAAACCGGCAAGCUUGGCACAGUCGCACGCAAAUCGUUAACAGAGAUUUAAACCGCUUUGUGGCAGUUAUUUGAAAGGUCCUUAAGAUUCCCGCUAAGAGCAAAGGUGAUCUCAUUGCUUAUCAAUUUCACCGAAAAAGCGUUUAAAAUAAAAAUACAUAAAAAAGUCCAUUCGCCAGGCCAUCAAUGCUUUAUGGACGAGUGAAUCGGCAAUCAAUGCUGUUUCUAACUGAACCUUAACAAGAAAAAAAAGAAAUUCUUCGUUUUUGGGCUACGUGAUGAUGCUUCACUGAGGUAGGAUAUCCACAAAUCUUUGGAUGCCCCAUUGGCAAAACGAUUUACGUCUCACGUUACCCACCUAUCCAGAAAAUACCUGGCGAAUCUUGUGGUGGCGGCCAUCAUCGGCAAUCGUUUGAACUUUCUACACACUUUGGUUUGGUGUCCAUUGGAACUCUUGACUUGCUGACGACGAAAAUCACAGCAGCAGCAACAACAACAGCAACAGAAAUCCAUAAUUUUCAAGUAAUUUCGCUGCUUUCGUUUUAUGUUGCCGGACUGGCUGGCCGAAGGUUUCGUGGCAGCCACCAUCCAUCAUCGUCACCACCAGACCAGCACACACAGAGACCCACACACAGCCAGCCACAACGUUCUCUUGAGGCAGGCAACGCUGACGUCGUUGUCGGUCGGUCAUAUCAGCCAACAAAACGGCCAGAGUCAGUUGUCGGCUUUUUGGUUUGAAUCGAUUCGAUCAGUUUGCAAUUUGCUGUGAUUCGUGUAUGUUUUAUGAUUCGGAAAGAAUUCGCGCGCGCCACUCUUGAAAAAAUAUUUUCAUUUCAAAUCCAUUUCGAAAAUUCAAAUUUCUUGAAUGAAAGCGUGCAAAACUAAAAUCGUUUUUAAGAAAUAAAUAAAAAAACACAAUUUUUAAAAAUAAAAAAUACGAUUUUAAAACAAUUAAAUUUUUGUUAAAGAAAAGAAGAAAAGCAACCAACAAAAAGUAUUAACCCAGCGAUUAAGUGCCGCAUUGAAAAAAGUGUUCGCUGUGCUCAAUUAUCGUGGUGUUUGACCCAUUUUUGGAAUAAAAUUUUCCUCUGGAUUAAGAAACAAACAAAAAGAGCGACAAAGCUAGCAGUCCACCUCUUGGAUUAUCUCUUGAUUUCGAAUUUGGAUUACUGUGUUACCACAAAGAGGCAUAAACAUGAAGCUGUUUCCCCUAUUCUUGGCAAUGGCCAUCUUCGUAAUUUCUUUCGUAAACUCAGCUCCAGCACCUGGAGACACGGAAUGUGAGUUCAAUUGUGAUCUGCAGGACUACAAGCCAGUGUGUGGCACAGACGAUAGCGGCGAUACCAAAACCUUCAACAACAUGUGCAUAAUCAAGACAGAGAAUUGUUUGCGAAAGACCUCAUACCAGAAAACCGGCGACGGAGAUUGUCCAUAAAAACUCGAGAUGACCCAGUGCUUUACUUCUUAAUUUUAACUUUAAACAUUUUCGAAAUAUUACUAUCAUAUCGUAAUUAACUUUUAUUCUUAUUAUACAUUAAUUUAAACUACAUGUCGCUUUAGUUCUAAGAUCAGUCAAAAACAAUCGAACAAUCGCUUGAUCUAUCGAUCGCUGUAAUUAAUUGUAUAUCUGCAUUUCUCUUGACUCAUUAUUUUUUUCAUUUCAAUAUUCUCACAGCACAAUUAGAACUAGAAUAACACAUAGAAUUAUUCUUAAAAAUCAAACAAAUUGAAUAUUUAUCACAUCUAUUAAAUAGUUUUCAAAAAUCAUAUUAACACACCACAAUACUUGGAAUCGAUG